UAGUGCAGGCUAUCCAUACCCAUGUCACAUUUCUUCUACUUGACUCCACAAAUUCUCCUGCCUUUUAGCCCUCUUACUCCUCAAGAGUUUGACAUGAUCCGACACAGGGCUGGAGCAUCUUGGCAGAAUGAGACGCGAUGGUCAGAUGCCUCUGUGACAACGUACACAGGCAGUUACCGGGAGAAACAUCUGGAUAAGUUCACGAGCAGCCGAUUUUCUUUCAGAGCAUUGCAGAAUGGGCCUAAGUUGAAACACAUGUCAUCACCAAGCAGUUCGGCCAGCAGUUCUACACCCUGCCUCCCUGGAACCCAGGAAGCUAUAGACGCUCAAGGACUGUUUCCUGAUAUAACCAGGCCCUUUAAAAAGUCACUUGACGUCAGGCAUGGAGUGGCACACCAAAUUUGGUGCUUCGAUGAUAUUUCCCCGGCACCUCAAGGUUACAGACAAAUCUCUUUGGUCGGCCAAGGCGGGUCUUGCGUUUCAGCUGAGAUGGACCGUGAGGCCGCGACGCUGGAGGCCCCGGAGUUGGGAUGA